AUGGCUGAUCCAAGCUGGGGCGAGCAUGCAUAUGCUACGCUUCUGUUGAACGAUGCCUACCUUCCCGGUGCCCUGGUGCUUGCUCACUCGCUCCGUGACGCGGGAACCACCAAGAAGCUCGCAGUUCUGGUCACUCUCGAUGGUGUGACCGCCGACGCCAUUGUCCAGCUCAAGACCGUUUACGACUAUGUCUUGCCUGUCCCCCGAAUCCGCAACGACAAGCCCGCCAACUUGUACCUCAUGAACCGUGCUGAUCUGCACUCUGCCUUUACAAAAAUCAACCUGUGGAAGCAGACGCAGUUCUCGCGAAUUGUCUACAUCGAUGCCGACGUCGUUGCCUACCGAGCUCCGGACGAGCUCUUCGAUCUCCCACACGCCUUUGCGGCUUCCCCCGAUAUUGGUUGGCCCGACCUCUUCAACACCGGCGUCAUGGCACUGACGCCCAACACCGGCGAUUACCACGCCAUGGUCGCCAUGACCGAGAGGGGCAUCUCCUUCGAUGGUGCCGACCAGGGUCUCCUCAACAUUUACUUCAAGAACAACUUCCACCGUUUGCCUUUCACCUACAACGUCACUCCUUCCGCGCACUACCAAUACCUCCCUGCCUACCGACACUUCCAGUCCAGCAUCAACAUGGUCCACUUCAUUGGCCCAGACAAGCCCUGGCGUGCUGGCCGUAACGCUUCAUAUGGAAGCUCAGCCUACGACGAAAUGGUUGGCAGAUGGUGGGCCGUGUAUGAUCGCCACUACCGCGAGAAGGAAAUUUCCCAGCUUGCAAAUGGCGGUGGAAACUAUAACCAGGCCUACGAGGCUCAAAAGAGCGCCUCUCUAGCCGAUACUCGAAAUGAUACGCCUCAGAACUGGGGUGGGCAGAAUCAGACACCACGACCCAUAUUCCCAUGGGAGGGAAAACAGCCCAAGGCAACCAGAUCCUUUUACGGUGAUGAGCCAGAGCUACAGCCACAAGUUGCGACCUCCAAGCCUUCAGGUGCUCGUUCCUCAGUAACCAAAUCGCCUCCCAAGUCCCCAGUCUCCAAGACAUCGGACAAUAAGAGCGAGGCAGGAACAGCAUCUUGGACAACAUAUUCUCGAGGCAAUGCUUGGGAUGAAGACCCUAGCAUCUCCAAGUAUGCGGAAGCAAUUGAGAAGCGCCACCGAUCAAGCAGCCGUGGAAAGGAAGGAGAUGAGGACGUUGACGACGACGAAGAGGAACAGGAAGAGACAAAGCGUAGCUUCAAGGUUACUGACUUCCCUACUGAGACGGAGCGGCCCAGCUUGCCAGUCACACCAGCGCCAGUUCCUCGCGGGCGUGAUGCCGCUGGAAAAGUGCUGCCGGCAGCUGAGGGCGUGCCGUCACAGGCCGAAUGGACUACACAUAAAUGCUGGGUAGCUGACGUGGAGUUUCCUGACAAGGAUCCCACAGCGCAAUUAGAGAAGCUAGCUCAACAGCAGUCAGCGAUGCUAUUGCGCAAGCUGGGAGGGAAGACGGAUGAUGUAUCAGGAGGGACGAGUCAAGGUAUAUCGACACAGCCCAUUGGAUCCCAGACUCGCAUUGCACAGUCAGUGCCUCAGGUGUUGAGUCCACGACCUGUCAAGGGGACAGCCGCGGCGGCAACCAGAAGCUUGGAGCGCAAGAUGGAUGCAGCAGCCGACGAAUCAUGA